AUGACAUCCACUGGUAAAUCGCGCUCGCCCUCCCUGUCGUCGUCGCCCAACCCUGCCGUCCACACUCCCAAACUCCCCAAGUUCCUCCACAAACAGCGGGACCGAUCCAAGUCUCUUCUCGACCCCAAUGCGAACAGCAGCGCCGGCAGCAGCACCACAAGCUCGUCUUCAUCGUGCUCCAGCCCAGCCUUUGACACAGGCAAGUCCCGCAAGGCGGCCAAGAAGGUAUUUGGCGUGAGGGGGGACCGCGAGCAGCGCCGGCAAUCGCAGGACACCAACAACAGCCUUGACCGCGUCCGUUCGACCGAAUCCGCAGGCGACGAGCCUCCCAUCAUCAUCGAGCCCGACGCAGAACCUGCAACUGAGCCUUUCAACGUCCCUCGCACACGAGCCCGCGAGGGCAGCAUCAGCCACGCGCAGUCCGCAUACUACCCCUCGAGCUCAUCUACCUCGCGUCUCUCGGACCUGCCCACUCGGCUAUCGGGCUGGUUCUCGCACACCUUCAGCACCUCCAACACCGACCUCUCUCUCCCCUCGCUGCUCGCCCAGCAAAACCCCGGUGCACCAUCGGGCUCGCCCAGAAAGAGCUCCCCAUUGCUCACCGCUGCGCGGCACGGUAAAGGCCACCUCGACAAGGCGAUGCGCUAUCUCCUCGACAGCGACGCCACGCCCGACAAGUGCACGGAGCCGAUAUGGCUGCUCGGUGUCGAGCAUCCAGGCUAUGAGCAGCCACCGUCACCACCGCCUCCAACAGCGUCCGCGUCUGCGCUAAACGCAAGCUUGGGCUCGGGUAGCAUCGUCCGGCGCGGUUCCAUUGAAUCACGACAUCGCUCUUCUUCCAAUCGUUCUUCCGCGUCCUCGUCUCCCGUCGUCGUCAGCCCUGAUUUGACCCUUCCUGAUACCUCUUCAACAACAUCGCAACAAUCAGCUUCGAAGGACGCCUCUAAGGACCCGUCGCGGUUCUGGCCACCCGUGUUCUAUGCCGACUUCACAUCACGAAUAUGGCUCACGUAUCGAUCUCAGUUUCAGCCAAUCCGAGACACUACGUUGUCUGCCCUGGAGACUGAGAUCGAAGAGAACGUCGUACUCGGCAAUAGCCCACAACCGAAGCGAUGGAAUUGGUCAUUAGGUGGAGAGAAGGGCUGGACGAGCGAUACGGGAUGGGGAUGCAUGCUUAGGACGGGUCAAUCGCUGCUUGCAAAUGCGCUGUUGCAUUUGCAUCUAGGACGAGAAUGGCGAAGACCGCCAUAUCCCCUGUACACCGUCGACUACGCAACAUACGUGCAGAUCAUUACCUGGUUUCUUGAUAAUCCUUCCCCUUUAUCUCCGUUCAGUGUCCACCGCAUGGCUCUUGUUGGCAAGGAGCUGGGCAAGGAGGUUGGGCAGUGGUUCGGACCCAGUACCGCAGCCGGUGCGAUCAAGACCCUUGUACAUGCAUUCCCUGAAGCAGGGCUCGGGGUAUCCGUCGCAUCGGAUGCUGUAAUAUAUCAAUCUGACGUCUACGCGGCUUCACGCUCCACCAUGGGCUCUCCACGCAAGCACGCACGGUCUGGAUGGGGCGACCGCGCCGUUCUCGUGCUCAUUGGUAUUCGAUUGGGUAUUGACGGAGUUAAUCCUAUCUACUACGACUCUGUCAAGGCCCUAUACACCUUUCCACAAUCAGUCGGUAUCGCAGGCGGCCGUCCAUCUUCUUCAUACUAUUUUAUCGGGUCGCAGGCGGACAACCUCUUCUAUCUUGAUCCUCAUCAUUCACGUCCUGCAAUCCCUUUCAAACCCCCGCCCAAGCAGGGCGAUCCCACACCCUCUCGCCCGACUUCUCCUGACUCUUCAGACGAGCGCGACCGUAAUCCGCGCAAGGCGCACCAUUUCCGUUCGCCGACUACUCCUAAUGCCCUACGCAACAGCGGGUCAGGUUUUGUGAACCGCCCACCGACCGUGCCAUCUCCGCUGCAGCAGCAGGUGUCGUCAUCCUCAAACGCUUCUAGCUCGUCGCCAUCGUCCACACAGUCGCAUGCGCGCUGGCAGUCGUCGAGCGCAGUGCCGGAUGACUCGGAAGUGUCCUCGUUGGCGGCGGACCUCAACCCUGUUCAGCGCCAUUAUGUCACGGCAUACUCUCAGGCGGAGCUGAAGACGUUCCAUUGCGACCGCGUCCGGAAGAUGCCCCUGUCGGGUCUUGAUCCUAGCAUGCUGAUUGGCUUCUUGUGCAAGAAUGAGAACGACUGGCUUGACUUCAGGAGACGAAUAAGCGAGCUUGGACGCACGUAUAAAGCUAUGUUCUAUAUUUACGACGAGCCACCGAAUUGGCCGUCCGAUUCCUACGAUAAUAUUGGCCUGGAGUCAUUCUCCGAGCCUGAUAUAGACAUGCCCGAAGAGGACAACUUCUCUGACAGGGCUCGCUCGCCAUCUGCUUCGCCAGAUACUAGCGUGCAUGGCGUGGGGUCCAAGUCGGAGGUGGACACUGAGGAAGAUCCCAUCGACCCCGUCACGCCCGGACCAGGCAAAUCCUCUUUCGAGAUCCCGACACAACAAGUGAAGGGCGAGCCUGAACAUGAUGACCCGAUCGAUUUUGACGAUGAGGAAGACGAGGAGUGGAUGGACCCCGCUCCGUACCCUACAGGAACACCACCAGAGCUUGAGCCUGAGCCUGAGAUGGAGGCACAGGCUACUCCUUCGCUGUCUUCUCCUCCGCAGGUCCAUGCACCCCCGAUGACCCAGACGCUGUCCACGAGCUCGACGUUAAGCACGACGAGCACGGGCAGCAAGAAGCGCAAGAAGAAGAAGCACGCGGCGAAGGAGAAGACGCCCGUGCCGUCCGCCACGCCUGUGCCACUACAGUACCCGUUCCCGGCGACGAGCCCGGGCGAGGAGCCGCAGCAGGAGGCGAACACAAAACGUGUACCGCAGAUGCGCACGGCGAAGGCACGCGACGGCGGACGGACUCAGAGCGGCGGCAUCCGCGGCGUGCCGACUGACGACCCAGAUGACUUUUAA